AAUUAAUAGCUUAUGCUUGACAAGUAAUAAAACGGAAAAAUAGUCUGGUUAUCAGUGCGUUAAAAUUCUGUGCCAUGCUGGCCUUGGGAAAAUCGUUGCUGCAAAGACUUUUGGACCAGUUCCCCCCCUCACCCCCCUCUCAAUACUGAGUUUUCUCAUCUUCGUUUGCAGGAUCCAGAAACCGCAGUCAGAUCUGGGCGGAUGGCAGCGAUUAUACGCAGGUGAGGGGGAGUUUGUGGGAACUGGGAGGGUAAAGGGGUGAGGUUUAACCCAAUGAAAAUCAGAUGUAUUAGGAAACAUCAACCUUAUUCCCGUGGCUGCUUGGUGUAACUAAAAUCUUUGUUUCAUCACGAACAAACGCAAAAAUUAUCUUUGUGACCCUCUUUUGCGCCAUUAACGCAGGCGACUUGCAGGACUCCCUAAAAAACAAACCUGUACCCUUAAAGUGUUGAAAUAAAUAUGUUAUGAUUGCAAUUAUGAGCAAAUCGGAACAUCUGCAGAUAUUCUACCCUUCGAAUUAUCCUUCUAUCCAAAAGUGGUCCGAUCAGACAGUGGCGGUGUUAAAACGUUCCAUGCUGCAGGAAGAUCCCCAUGGUUUGCCCUCACCGAAAUCGCCUUUGGUGGAUUUGUAAACGUUCCCCACUCCCCUACUGAUUCCGUUCUAGAAGGUGGACCUCAAAGCUGCUCGAGCUUCAGGACAUUUGCAGACCUGCCUUUCUUGCGCUUAUGUUCCUUCCCUUCCUGCCUCUCCAACCAACAGGAAAGCGAAAAGACGUAGCCCAACUUUCCAUUUCCAGCGCACACAUUCCCUUCUCCAGCUACUGUGGAACACUAGUCUUCUAGAUAUGGGACUUUUGGAUCUUCUAGUCGCUCAGCGCUGAGACAUUUGCGCUAAGUUCUAAAAAACAACAAACCAAAAACCUGCCAGGAUUUGUACAUUCUUCAGAUUGGAAAAUAGUAUUACUGCUGAUAACACAGGCAUUCCUUCUUUCCCCCCAAUGUACUGGAAAAAUGAGAAUCUGGCUCCUCAUUCCGAGGGGAAUAAGUUGGAUCCAGAAGGGGAUUCUGGAGGAAAGGUGAUGUCCCAAGAUAAGCAGAUCCCUAGGGGAGCAUCCCGGCGCUUGGAUGUCAAAAGUCCACACAUGAUGUCUCACUCAGAUGAUGAAAAUAUGCCAUGUAGUUUGGAGAAAGAGGAUCACUCUUCACCCAGCCCUCCGUCCACCCCUUCUGUGUGCUCACCCCCAUCCUCCUCAUCCUCAGUCCCAUCAGAUGGAAAGAACAUCUGCUCCAGCUGUGGCUUGGAAAUCCUGGACAGAUAUUUGCUCAAGGUGAAUAAUCUGAUCUGGCAUGUGAGGUGCCUAGAAUGUUCCGUGUGCAGAAUCUCCCUGAGACAACACAAUAGCUGCUAUAUCAAAAACAAGGAGAUAUUCUGCAAAAUGGAUUAUUUCAGCCGGUUUGGUACAAAGUGUGCACGUUGUGGCAGACAGAUUUAUGCCAGUGACUGGGUACGGAGAGCCAGGGGAAACGCCUACCACCUUGCCUGCUUUGCUUGCUAUUCAUGUAAAAGGCAACUGUCAACAGGGGAAGAGUUUGGCCUAGUGGAAGAGAAAGUUCUUUGUAGGAUCCAUUAUGACACCAUGAUAGAAAACCUCAAGCGGGCAGCAGAAAAUGGUAAUGGGAUCACACUAGAAGGAGCAGUUCCAUCCGAACAAGACAGCCAGCCAAAGCCAGCCAAGAGAGCACGCACAUCCUUCACAGCAGAGCAGCUGCAGGUCAUGCAAGCACAAUUUGCUCAGGACAACAAUCCCGACGCACAAACUCUCCAAAAACUUGCAGAUAUGACGGGGCUGAGCAGAAGAGUCAUCCAAGUCUGGUUUCAGAACUGCAGAGCACGGCAUAAAAAGCACACACCGCAGCAUGCCGUGCCUCCUCCUGGCCCAACAACAACACGCAUCACAUCUUCACUGUCAGAUGACCUUCACUUCUCCCCUUUCAGCAGUACAGAAAGAGCAAGGAUGGUAACAUUGCACGGAUACAUAGAAAGCCAAGUACAGUGUGGGCAGAUGCACUGUAGACUUCCCUAUGCUGGGCCUCCUGUGCACCUCAAAGCUGACAUGGAAGCAACAUUGUCUAACAGAGGGGAUAAGGUCAUUCUUUUCCAGUACUAACCAACAAGAUACUAUGCCAUCCUCAACAACGUUAUCCUCUGUACAGUGACUGCAAUGACUGGAUGACAGUAACUACUACUCAUCUGUUCUGCUUCAGUUUAGGGGAACAGCACUUUGGGCCUUGGGCACUCACUUUCCAUUGGCAGAACUAAGAAGUUGUUUCUCUCUAAUGUGGCCAAUAUCUCUGAUAUGGAAUAAGCGCAGUCUUGCAUAUGAACAGCAAAGGAAAACGCCACAAUAUUAUUUUUCACUAAAGGCAUAAUGAUACAUUCUCUGAAGCCUGGAAAUGUGAGAAACAACAACAUUGUGGCAAGGUUGAAAAGGCAAUGUUUUUUUUUUCCAUUGGUACACAUUGGAUUUACACAUAAUUUGCUGUAUCGUGGUGUAAUAAGGAAUAUUUUAUAUGGUGUUUAAUGGACAUUUUGGUACAGUAAAUACUGUUUGAAUGUGGCCCAGGUAAAGAAUCUGGUCUAUCUUUAAAAUGAUCAGUAUGUCUGCUCUUAUGAUUACAUGCUUUAGUUGCAAGCCCACUGUUAAAAUACUCUUUUUCUGUUUAUUUGGUCCCCUACAUUUUCUUUUUUUUUACAGUUGGUCUAAAUUUUGUGACAUUGUAUUGUAAUUUUACAUAUGCAACUACAAAAACUAAAAUACGCCUUUCGUGGUAGCUACUGAUACAAAACUACAUACAUAUACACACAAACAAACGGAGAUUCAGAUGACAACAAAAUGGGUAUGUGACAUUACAUGGACUGCCAAGCCCUGCAUGCAUGCCUGACACUGGGGGAAAUGAGUGUUAGUAUUGGCUUUGUUUGCUACUUAUAAUUUUGGCAUAAAGUAUUUGCUCAAAGCUUUUCCAUUACCCACCCUGACUCCCCGUGCUCGCCUAUGAGGGGGCUGCCAUACUUGUGCAGCAGUAGUCCGUUAGCAUUAGAAACUUCAACUGACAGGCUGA